AAAUAAAUUUUCAUCGUGGCUUGAAUAAUUUUAGAUCUUGAUUGCUUCUACUAUACCCUGAAAUGUCUUGAACUGUUAAUUUUCUGUACAAUUUUGGUAAUGAUCUUGCAUAACGUCUAACACGUUUUCAUUACCUUUUUCAGUUUGGUCAUUCAAAUGACUCGUCAAUUCAUUCUGUUUUUCCUGGUGUCCACUCUCUCUAUCCUUAACAGAUGUUCAGCAGACUCUUCUACAAAAACGGAAAGGACAUUGGCUAUAAUAAAGCCAGAUGGUGUUUCUGGAAACCACACAAAUUCUGUAAAGGAAACAAUUCUCAAUCAUGGAUUCAAAAUCGCUGAGGAAUUGUUCAUUCAGCUUGAUGAGGAUCGUGUGAAAACCUUUUAUGCUGAACACUCUUCUAGGAGCUUCUUUCCGAGCCUUGUUGAAUAUAUGACCAGUGGUCCAGUGUUGAUAAUGGUUCUGGAGAAAGGGAAUGCCAUCGCUGACUGGCGCGCAUUAAUUGGUCCAACUGACCCACUCAAGGCAAAGGUUACUCAUCCUCACAGUGUCAGAGCCAUAUGUGGGCUGGAUUUACAGAGGAAUUGUGUUCAUGGUUCUGACUCACAUGAGUCUGCUGGCCGGGAAAUAUCUUUCUUCUUUAAAAGGACGUCAUCAGGACAUACAUCUAAGCAUGAUGAAUUAUAAGUUCUUGAAGAAGGAUUGUCUGCAAUUGGGAUUCCUCUAUGAACAGUUUGUUGCAGCUCAGAUAACUAGAGUUGUCCUCUGAGAUGCCAUAUCCUGCAAGACCAAGCUUAGCAGAUUGGUUAUUGAGAUUGGUUAUUGGGGUGAGACAGUAGAUUUCCUUCUUGGCCGUUAAUCAAAGACGAUGGAGCCUAUGUUAUAUGGGUUUGGUUGUCAGUUUUUCGACAUGGAACAUAGCUAUAUAUGUGAAAAACACUACAAUGUCAACAAAAUUUAAAUUGUGAAUUCAUAAUUUGAAAUGUACAAUGAAUUUAAUGCUAAGAAGUAAGAACUUUAAAGUUCAAACUCAUCAGAUUUAAAUCAUGAA